AUGGUCCUGUCGGUCAUCCUGAUUGCCGCGCAAUCGGGCGGACUGUACCUGACGAAGGUCGCCACCCUUGAGCGCGCGUACUACCUGCAUCUGCCGGAUCGAUGGUUCGAGGUUCUGCACGAGCCGCAUGCGGUGCCUGCGGCCGUCCUGCCGGCCGGCGGCGCGGCGUCGGCAGCGUGGCCGCUGCCCAUCGCCACGAUGCGCUACGUGGCGCAGCCGGGCGACAAUCUGUCGAGAAUCAAGGACCGGUUCGGACUCACGCUCGACACGCUGUCCAGCCUCAAUCGCGACGCCGGCUCGGGCGUCCACAACGUCGGCGUUGGCGAGGUGUUUGCCAUCCCGAAUCAGGACGGGCUCUUUCGGGAGGUGGAAAGCCGGGAUCACCUGGAGACCGUGGCCGCCAGCUACGGCCUGGCGGGCAGCGACGUGCUGGCCGCCAAUCCCGGAGUCGACGCCCAGUCGGUCAGCGGUUCGCUGUUUUUCCCCGGUGCCCAGCACUCCGGCCUGGAGCGUCUGCUGAGGAUGGGUCUGGGGUUCGACCGGCCGCUGCACGGCGGCCGGGUGAGCUCCGCGUUCGGGAUGCGCGUCGAUCCCUUCAGCGGCAAGUGGCGCAUGCAUCGCGGUAUCGACAUCGCCGCGCCGCGCGGGACGCGCGUCCGUGCGGCCGCGGACGGCCGUGUCGAGCGGGUGGCGAGCAACAACGUCCUGGGGAACUUCGUCGUGCUCGACCAUCAGGCGCGCUCGUACCAGUCGCUGUACGCGCACCUGUCGGCCGUCCACGUCCGCGUCGGCGAGCGGGUGAGCACCGGCAACACGAUCGGCCGCGUGGGAUCGACCGGGAUGUCCACCGGCCCCCAUCUCCACUUCGAGUUGUGGAGCCGGCGGCAGCCGAUCAAUCCGGCCUCGGAGGUGCCCGGCCUGUAA